AUGCAAUCACUUUCUGAUAUGUUCGAAACAGAAGACAACAUUUUUCUUAAAUCGCCACACUUUUGCAAACCUCUUCAAACGGUGAACGCCGUGAUAUUGGCAGUUUGCAUUGGAUCCACAGCAAGCGGAGACAAUGGGAUCCUCUGGUUUUGCACGAUCCUCUCCUUAUUGAUUUCUGCUGCCGCAACAGUGAUAUUCGCAUUGAAAAUUCAGGAUGAACUGAUUGAAAGUCUUUCAAAUGGAAGUGUUGUCUGGAAUUUGGUGGAACUCGUCUACUCAUUCUGCCUCGCCAUCAUCUCAAUCAUCUGCAUUUGGCUCUCUUUCUCGUUCGCCAAUCAUUCCCUAUAUGGCACAUCUGCUGGAUAUAUCGCAUCAGGAUUGUUUUUCAUCGUGCACACCAUUCUGUACGCGUUUCCCUGUCUUGUGAUCUACCGCGAAGUGCAACAGAGCGCCGAUCAGGAACGCCACAACAUUGUAAUUGAGCCUGCUCAUCCGUUCAGAUCUGAUGCCUAUCAGGACUUGUAA